GUGAUGAAUGCCUGUAUGAAAGCUUUCCUGAGCUUCCCUUGGAGGAAGUGCCAGAAGCUGAUGGAGAGGCUGUAAACGCCCAGUGCCCAGCAUCUGUCAGCAUCCAGGAGCCAUCCUCUCCAACCACCUCCAGCGAAGCUUUCACACCAAAGGAGAGCUCUCCUUACAAGGCUACGAUAUACAUUCCUGAUGACAUUCCCAUUCCUUCUGAAUUUGAGCUCCGAGAAUCCAACAUUCCUGGAGCGGGAUUAGGGAUAUGGACCAAAAGGAAGAUUGAAGUAGGAGAAAAGUUUGGCCCUUUCACAGGAGAGCAGCGGCCACACCUCAAAGAUCCCAGUUACGGUUGGGAGAUCUUGGAUGAGUUUUGCAAUGUGAAGUUCUGCAUAGACGCCAGCCAACCAGAUGUAGGAAACUGGCUCAAAUACAUCAAGUUUGCUGGAUGCUACGAUCAGCACAACCUUGUUGCAUGUCAGAUAAGUGAUCAGAUAUUCUACAGAGUAGUGGCAGACAUUGAGCCAGGAGAGGAGCUAUUACUGUUCAUGAAGAGUGAAGAUUAUUCACAUGAAACAAUGGCUCCGGACAUUCAUGAGGAGCGCCAGUAUCGCUGCGAGGACUGCGACCAGCUCUUUGAGUCCAAGGCUGAGCUGGUGGACCACCAGAAGUUCCCCUGCAGCACACCACACUCCGCCUUCUCCAUGGUGGAGGAGGACUUCCAGAAAAAGCUUGAGAAUGAGAACGACCUUCGGGAUGUGCACGAAAUCCAGGAGUGUAAAGAGUGUGAUCAAGUCUUCCCAGACUUACAAAGCCUGGAGAAGCACAUGCUGUCCCACAGCGAGGAGCGGGAGUACAAGUGUGACCAGUGCCCCAAAGCUUUCAACUGGAAGUCCAACUUGAUACGUCACCAAAUGUCGCAUGACAGCGGCAAGCACUACGAGUGUGAGAACUGUGCCAAGCAGGUUUUCACGGACCCCAGCAACCUCCAGAGGCACAUUCGUUCCCAGCAUGUUGGGGCUCGUGCUCACGCUUGUCCAGAGUGUGGCAAAACCUUUGCCACAUCUUCAGGCCUCAAACAGCAUAAACACAUCCACAGCAGUGUCAAACCCUUUAUAUGUGAGGUCUGCCAUAAAUCCUAUACUCAGUUUUCAAACCUUUGUCGUCAUAAGCGCAUGCAUGCUGAUUGCAGAACCCAAAUCAAGUGCAAAGACUGUGGACAAAUGUUCAGCACUACGUCUUCCUUAAAUAAACACAGGAGAUUUUGUGAGGGCAAGAACCAUUUUGCAGCAGGAGGAUUUUUUGGCCAAGGCAUUUCACUUCCUGGAACCCCAGCUAUGGAUAAAACGUCCAUGGUUAAUAUGAAUCAUGCAAAUCCGGGCCUUGCUGACUAUUUUGGAGCCAAUAGGCAUCCUGCUGGUCUUACCUUUCCAACAGCUCCUGGAUUUUCUUUUAGCUUCCCCGGUCUGUUUCCUUCAGGCUUGUACCACAGGCCACCUUUGCUACCUACUAGCUCUCCUGUUAAAGGACUACCAAGCGCAGAUCAGACAAACAAAAGUCAAAGUCCCCUCAUGACCAACCCUCAGAUACUGCCAGCCACCCAGGAUAUUUUGAAGGCACUAAAUAAGCAACCAUCUGUAGGGGAAAAUAAGCCAGUGGAGCUUCAACCAGAGAGGUCCUCUGAAGAGAGGCCGCAUGAAAAACUCAGUGACCAGUCAGAGAGUAGUGACCUUGACGAUGUCAGUACCCCCAGUGGCAGUGACCUGGAAACCACCUCUGGCUCUGAUCUGGAAAGUGACAUUGAAAGUGAGAAAGAGAAAUUUAAAGAAAAUGGUAAAAUGUUCAAAGACAAAGUAAGCUCUCUGCAGAGUUUGGCUUCAAUAAAUAAUAAGAAAGAACACAGCAAUCAUUCCAUUUUCUCACCAUCUUUAGAGGAGCAGACUGCGGUGUCAGGAGCGGUGAAUGAUUCUAUAAAGGCUAUUGCUUCUAUUGCUGAAAAAUACUUUGGUUCAACAGGACUUGUGGGGCUGCAAGACAAAAAAGUUGGAGCCUUACCUUACCCUUCCAUGUUUCCCCUCCCAUUUUUUCCAGCAUUCUCUCAAUCAAUGUAUCCAUUUCCUGAUAGAGACUUGAGACCGUUACCCUUGAAAGUGGAGCCCCAAUCACCCAGUGAACUCAAGAAGAUCCCAAAGGGAAGCUCUGAGUCUCCCUUUGACCUCACCACUAAGCGUAAGGAGGAGAAGCCCGUUACUCCCAUACCCUCAAAGCCAGCAGCUCCGCCUGCGGCAAGCCAGGACCAGCCUCUAGAUCUGAGCAUGGGCAGUAGAAGUCGAGCCAGCGGCACAAAACAGGCCGAGCCCAGGAAAAACCACGUCUUUGGUGAGAAGAAAGGAGGUGACCUCGAGCAGAGGAAAACGUCGGAGGCCUCUUUGCAGCACGCCCGACCGACUCCCUUCUUUAUGGAUCCCAUUUACAGAGUAGAGAAAAGAAAGUUAACUGACCCACUCGAAGCUUUAAAAGAGAAAUACUUGAGACCUUCCCCGGGAUUCUUGUUUCAUCCACAAUUCCAAUUGCCUGAUCAAAGAAUUUGGAUGUCAGCUAUAGAAAACAUGGCCGAAAAGCUGGAGAGUUUCAGUGCCUUGAAGCCAGAGGCCAAUGAGAUGAUCCAGUCAAUGCCAUCCAUGUUCAACUUCCGAGCCCCUCCAAGUGCUCUGCCUGAGACCCUCCUGCGCAAGGGCAAGGAGCGCUACACCUGCAGAUACUGUGGCAAGAUUUUCCCCAGAUCUGCAAACCUAACCCGUCACCUGAGAACGCACACUGGAGAGCAGCCCUACAGAUGCAAAUACUGUGACAGGUCCUUUAGCAUAUCUUCCAACCUGCAGAGACACGUCCGUAAUAUCCACAAUAAAGAGAAGCCAUUCAAGUGUCACUUGUGUGACAGGUGUUUUGGUCAACAAACCAAUCUUGACAGACAUCUAAAAAAGCAUGAGAAUGGCAACAUGUCUGGUACUGCAACAUCUUCACCUCACUCAGAACUGGAAAGCACAGGGGCCAUCCUAGAUGACAAGGAAGAUUCUUACUUCACAGAAAUUAGGAAUUUUAUUGGAAACAGCAACCACAACAAUCAAUCCCCCCGAAACUCAGAGGAGAGAAUGAAUGGCAGCCACUUUAAGGAUGAAAAAGCCAUGGUAAACAGCCAGAACUCAGAUUUGUUGGAUGACGAAGAGGCAGAAGAUGAAGUAAUGAUGGACGAAGAAGAUGAAGAAAGUGAAAUUGCAGGGAAAACAGUCAAAGAGCCUGUUACAAGUGACAUACACGAGGGGACUCCUGAGGAGGAUUACGAGGAAACGAGUACUUUGGACAUGAACUGCAAAGCUUCCCCUGGCAGGUAUAAAGAGGAGGAAUAUAAUAAGACUGGACUUUCAGCUUUGGACCACAUAAGGCACUUCACAGAUAGCCUCAAAAUGAGGAAAAUGGAAGAAAAUCAAUAUAGUGAAGCUGAAUUGGCAGCUUUCAAUACUUCCCAGCUGCCAGAGGACCUAAAACAACCAUUGUACAGGAAAUCCAAAUCCCAGGCGUACGCCAUGAUGCUGUCUCUCUCUGACAAGGACUCCCUUCAUUCUACAUCCCACAAUUCUCCCAAUAUGUGGCACAGCAUGGCGAGAGCUGCAGAAUCCAGUGCCAUCCAAUCCAUCAGUCACGUAUGACAUUGUGAAGUCUUACCAAGAAUGGGACCAAGUCCAAACCAGUAGCAUGGCUCUUUCAUAUAUGACUAUUUAAAAGACUGCUGAGCAGAAUGCCUUAUAAAUCUGCAGGGUCACUCAUUUAAAGUCUGGUGACCUUAAACUGAAUAAUUUUAAAAAGAAAGAAACUAUUUAUUCUCAAUAUUUUGUUUUGCACAGCAAAGGCAGCUGCUGACUUCUGGAGGAUCAAUGCGACUUA